UUUUGUUUGCGUCAGUCAUUCGGGUUUUCGAAAAAGACAAACGCAAAAGAAACCGUUAAAGUGUUUGCUGCUGCCCUUUUGAACAGACGAUUCCAACUCCCAAUCCGUUUGGUCCCAAAAUCAUGACUUCCGGCGAAGACGACGAGUUUAGAAGUAGUAAUUUGACAAUUACUCCACCGUCGAAGAAACAGAAAGAGACUGAAGUUGAAGAAACCCUAGACCGACUCAGUGAGUUGCCGGAGUCGCUCCUAGUUCAAAUUCUCUCUCUUUUGCCGACAAAGGAUGCAUUCGCAACAUGUAUAGGUGGCGCUAUCUCUCUACUUUAGUUGAUAAGUUCAGUUUCAAUUGUAGAGAUUACCUUAAAGCAGAAAACCCGGUAUCCUUUGCUGACUAUGUAUUAGCCCAUUCCCUUUCUCCCAAAAUAAAAAAAAUUGGAGCUCGACUGCAGUGACACGUAUGUAAACUGGUCAGAUAGUAGUAUCCUGGAUGAACACCUGUCGCAAAUCAGUCGAUGUCUUAGUUUUGCUGUUGAGAAAAAAGUGGAAAAUGUUGUUUUCUGGUCUGAUGAUGAUAGCACUUGCACUUGGCCUGAAUCUUUCGGUACAUGUUCGUCGUUGAUAAAUUUAGAUUUUAUAUUUUGUUGCUUUAGUCGUGAUGCGGUCAUAGCGUGGAAGUCUUUAAAGAGCCUAAAGUUGGAGUUUUUUCUGUUAUCUGAGGACCAUAUUGUGAACUUACUGUCUGGAUGUCCUUCUUUGGAAACUUUAGAAUUAUCUUUGGUUGCGGGUUUUAGUCGCCUAGAAAUUAAUUCCUUCAAAUUAAAGACACUGAAUUUGAAAGGUUAUUGGAUUGCUAAUGAUAGAAGUGAUCAUUCCUUGGAAAUUAUUGCUCCGUAUCUUCAGCAUUUGGAGAUUUCAGGAGAUCUUUAUGAUCUCAAGUGCAGGCUAGUAGAUGUGUCCUCCUUGUUAAAUGCCUGCCUCACUUUCAACCUUAAGUGUAUCAAAGACAUCAAGUUUGAACUUCUUGAACAUUUUAAUAUAGAGGAAGACAGUUGUCGUGAUUAUCAUCAACUUCUUAGGACCCUCGUACAAGAUAAUCUUCAAAAGGUGAGUUGUGCAACGGAGCUAACAAUCGGGACUUGGUUCACAGAGGUCCUGUGCAUGUUCCAGUUCAAAGGGGUGCUAAUUCCAGAAUCAAAAUGCAAACAUCUGACCCUAGAGUUGCAUAUGAAAAAGAUUAACUUGUAUGGAGUAGCUGGCUUUUUGCGAGCCUCGCCUUAUGUGGAGACACUCAACAUAGACAUGGAUGCUACUGAUUCAGUUGAACCCCGCUGCAAGUAUGAGUUAAAAUAUCUGGCUAGAGGAGAUAAUAUUGAUUUGCAGAGUCGGAUUUCCAGCUUCGUGUUUCCCAAUCUCAAGAAAGUUAAGAUUGUCAUCUCCUCCGGGGUGUGUUUGAAAGAUCAUUUCAACUGGGGCUUCGACAAGCUGUUUAAACUUUCAGAAUUUCUAUUGAAGAGAGCAACGGUUUUGGAGAAGUUUGUUCUCAUAUCAAAGAGAAGAAAGUGCAAGAGGUGUUCAAUGAACUGUGUAUCCCGAUAUUUGUUUCGAUUGGCUGAGAAAUUGUUAGGUUGCCCAAGAUCCUCCACCAAUUUUGUGAUUAUCUUCCAGGAGUGAGCUUUCCAUAACUUGGCUGCUAGUAGUUCUCUCUCAGGAUAUGAGAAAUGUUGCUUUAUAUUGAGUUUUUGAUAAACUCAUGCAGUCAUAAAAUCUUUAACUUCUCUAUGUAACUAAUUACUAUUCUAACCGUUAUGGCAUACCAAAUUAUAUGGUAGCUUGGUUUCUC